AGUUUAAGCAAAACCAAGCUUCGUAUUCUUCCUCUUUAUCUCUUUGCCUUCUUCCCCACCUCUAUGAAUAUGGCUCCCCAACAGUCAACGAAGUUAGUCCUGCUUCUCCUAUCAAUUUACCUCGUUGUCCUGAACUUUUCCUUUAUCCCAGUUUACGCCAUUGACAUUGGUAUUCAAGCCAGUUCCGGCCUCUCUCUGAGUAAAGAGUGCAGCAAAAAAUGCAAAUCAAAGUUCUGCUAUGUGCCUCCAUUCCUAAGAUAUGGAAAGUACUGUGGGCUUCUAUACAGUGGAUGUCCAUGGGAGAAGCCAUGUGAUGGCCUUGAUGCUUGUUGCAUGAAACAUGAUGCCUGCAUAGGAGCUAAGAACAAUGACUAUUUAAGCACAGAGUGCAACCAGGACUUAUUAGACUGCAUCACAACGUUCAAGAGAUCAGGAGGGAAGACAUUCAAAGGGAGCACUUGCUCUGUUGGUGAGGUUACCAAUGUCAUCACCGUCGUCAUUGACGCUGCUUUGCUUGCCGGAAGAUUCCUCCACAGGCCUUGAUUUUCAUAAGUAUUUUUUUUAGGAGAAAAAGUGGUUUGUAAAAAUAAAAAAUAAAAAAGAGAGAGAGAGAGAGACCCCUUACCCAUUUAAAAGCAUGAGUGUGUGUGCUUUCUGUGUGUGUCGCUGUUAAUCACAGAUUAGCCUGUGUCCUGCGAUUUAGGGCUUUGUCCCUCCUAAGGUUUCAAGUUCGAAACCAUAUGGAGCUUCGCUAUAGCUUUAAUUGGAUCCCUCCAAUGGGCAAUGGGAUUGGUUACUCAGGAUCAGUCGAGGUGCACUUAACCUAGUUCGGACACUUGAGUUAUAAAAAUUUUUGUGCAACUGUGUGAGUGUCUACUUUGUUUUUGUAAGGGAAAAAAAAGGAGUACCCUUUUCUUGUAAGGGAAAUAAGGUGCAGUUUAUCAUACAUGCAAUAACUAAAAUGUUACUAAUAUUUAGC